CAUGAAGGGGUGGUGAUAGUUGAGAGGUCAAGGUCAUAGGUCACAUCCUGUAGCUGUGUACUUCCUGAGAUCCAGCAGGUCAGAGAAGGCUGUACUUAGAAUGGCUGUAAAUUUUAAUGAUCCAACCUGCGGCUUCUUUCAGAGGGAGGUUGUAGAUUUCAUAAAUAAGCAAAUACUUCAAAAUGGAGUCAGUCCGCACUUCUACUCGAUGCAGAUGUGCGAAUCCUGGGGUGAUAUGGAGAAGAAAUUGCGAGACAUCCUGACUGAUUCGACAGUGUCAGAAGCCACCAAGGAGGCUUGUGCCUGGAAAACCCUGGCCCUGGCAGUGCACAUGGCUGAGAGGCAGAAGCAGGAAGAUGCGGAAAAGGUGAAGAAGCUUCAGGAUCAGCUGGAUGAGCAGAAUCUGUUUAGUAAUGUCUUGAUAGGCAUGGUGAACAGACUCAGAAAUGCGCAAGAAAAGGAAAAGGAGAAGGCCCAGUUCCAACUUCAAGAGAGUCUCACAACCCUCCGUGGAGUAGAGGAAGAGCGAAAUUUAUUCCGGAAUGAGCUUCUCAGGGUGCUAAGCACUCAGUCCUCAAAGCAGCAAGGAGACCUGGAAAGCAGGAAGAGAAAGCAGGCACAAACAUUAAGAGGACCAGCAGAAGCUGCAGCAGCAAUUCCUGCUAGGAAAUAUUCCAGAAACAGCUGGAAGGUAUAAAACUAAAAGUAAGCAACAGCGGAGAAGCAAAAAGAAGAAAUUAAAUUGUAAGCAUAAUCUCAUUAUUCAGAAAACCAUUAUUGUUUAUCUAUAUACACGUUAUACUUUUUAACGUAUAUAUCAUUUUAAUGUUAAUAAAAUGUUCAUAAUUAUGUUAAGCUAAAUAUAUAUGCAUAUUAUUUUUAAAGUUUACAUAUGUAAUAUAUAUAGUUUUAAUAAUUAUAUAUAUAUAUAUGUGUGUUUGUGUGUGUGUGUGUGUAUUUGUUUGGCUUAACAUCGUUCCCCAUUCUUUUUUCCCCCUUUGGCUGUUCAUUCCUUAAGUGGGUUUGCUGGAGAUUAGUUUUUGUUGUUUUGGGUUUUUUUUCCUUUCUUUGGUCUGUUCAAAGAACUGGCCCCUGAUUUUACUUAUCAGUUCUAUUACUUGUAUGCUGUCAAAUUCAUUUAUUUUUCUCCCAUUCCUUUUAGUUUCUUGAGGGUUUGUUAUGAUUAUUUUUGUUUGCAUUUUAAGUUCUUGAUAUUAUGCUCAGUUCGUUUAUUUUCAUCCCUCAUUUAUUCUUCCUGCUUGGGAUUCUAAUCUGAUGCUACUAGUUGAAAUGGUAAAAAUUGAGACAGGAAAAUUUUACCAUGUAAAUGUGUUUGACUAUGUUUUCUGACUAUGUUUCACCUCUGUGGUAGCUGUGCAAUGACCACAAGCUGCAAAUAUGAGAGAACAAGCAUGGUUUAUUUUAAUGCAAAGAUUAGGACAUUUCCACUGAAUUUUUCUUUGGCAAUAACUUUCUUUCUUUUUUUUUUUUUAGAAGUGGCAAUAACUUUCUGAAUCUCCUGUGUUUAUUUUAAUAUGGAACAAAAUAUUUUGAAAUAUGUAAAAAUGCCUCCGACUGUAUUGUUUUUAGGGAGUGCUCAAUGCAAAAUGAAUGCAUAGUAUUCGUUAGAAUGGACUGUCAGCCAAGUUGUGUGUUUUAAGAUGUUAAUGUUAUGAAAAGUCAUGAGAAUCUAUGGAAGUAAUCCAUAUGAAUUUACUGCUUGAGAACUUUGGAAGUUGUAAUAGUAGAAAGAAAGCAUUUUUUCUUACUGAUUCUUGAUAUGAGUGUCAUUGUGUUUUCUAAUAUUUUAAGUUGCUUUGAGCGAUUUUAAGAAAAUGAAAUGUUCUGGUCACGGAUAAAGUCUGUAUAGAUGUAAGAGCCACUGAAACAUUAAUGUUUGCUACUCAAAAUUAUAUGUGGGAGAAGCAAUUAGAAUAGAAUAACACUAAUGAAAUAGUUAUAAUGGGGAAAACACUUAUAUUCAAAAUUAGGGACUCAAAGAAAUUGAGGUCCGCAUUUUCGCUCAGGAAAAUGAAAAUUAGAAAGAUUUUUACAAGAGCCUUGAGGGGCAAUAGUUUUCAGUUUAUAUAUAUUAAGUAGUGUUAGGGGACUCUUAUCUGGGACACUAGAUGACCUCUGCUUUUAGAUUCCCUACUCUUCUCUUAGACAUAGGAUGUCCAGAUAAAAGAUAAGAUGCCCAGUUAAAUUGGGAUUUCAGAUAAACAACAUGUUUUUUUUUUUUUUAACAACAUGUUUUUUAUUAGUGUAAGUAUGUACCAACUAUUGCAUGUAUUUUUACUUGUAACUCUGACAAAGCUACCUGGAGGGAGGUUGGCAUUUCUUUUCCUUUUUAAGUAAAAAUACUUAAAAAAACAGUAUAGACUAUUCUGGCAGAGAGGAGCAUUUGGACCUUUACAGUUUGGACCAACAUUCAGGAACCGUGGAUGAAGAAUCGAACAGAAGAACAAGGCAGUGGAAGCAUUUAAACGUCAUCAACAGUGAAAUCUGAGUGUUUGAGUUAGGUGUGGCAAUAUAUAGCAUGGCAUGGCAAUCAUGAUCAGUGAAAAGAGAUUUGGAAAAAGUGGAGAUAAAUUAGAAAUAUGUACUCUUGCCCUGGAAGUUUCUUGCUCUGUCAGCCUAAACAUCUCUGAAGUCACCUUACCCAUCACUAGUAACGUUGUGGAAAACUUUAUGCUCCACUCCAGCCAGGACCCAAAUUUUGGCUCCUUAAACUAUUCUCCAUUUUGAAGGAACCGGGGCUUUUCAGAGGGUAGCUGGCACCACAUCUGGGGGCAAAGGCAAAAUGAGUCUGGAACAUCUUGCCAUUUACAGAACUGAGAAUGGUGACUAAGGGCUACUAAAGACAAAGAGACCCGAGAAGGCUCUCACCAGGCAGAGUGAUAUAUUGGGCAUUGAGAAAGAAACCCACUUGAAAAAGUCAUUCAUUGGGCAAAAUGUGAAAAUUGAGCAUUAAAAGACACCCCCACACACACACCCACAAACACACAAAUUCCCCAAGCAACAAUUAUAGUCUAUUGGAACAAUAGAAUCCAUUAAAAAUGAUAAAUCCAUGAUGGUAUUCAUGAUUCACAGGUGAUGUAAGUGUGCUAAAAGAUGCUUGUAGUACACACAAGAAUUUCCAAUAUUGUCUAUAAAAAUGCUAUAUAUUGAUCAACCCAGUUCAUUCAACUCCUACACUCCACUUUUUAGUCCAUGAAGAAGUUAACAGAUGGUUGAGGCAUAUGGACUAUAUUAUUUAUCACUAUGAGGAAGGCAUUAGUUUUAGCUUGGAGAGAAAGAUGUGGGGAAAUGUAAAGGUGAGCUUCUUUUUGUAAGGAAAGAAAUACAGAAAGAUGUCUUAAACUGGUGGGAGUAAUAUUCUUCAGUAUAAAAAUGUAGCAUUUGGGAAUUUGAGAAUCUCUGGGGUUAAAGAGUUUAUAAAGGUUUUGAAAUCUUUUGUAUGUUAUAUUACUAGAAACAAAAUGUUAUAAAUGAGUGGAUUUAACAAUAUUUCUUGGUCAGCAAAAUAUGUGAAGAUCAACCUAAGGAGGAUGCUAGUGUGUUUCCAUUUUUUGUGACCAGUUUAUUGAGCUUGCAUGCUCAAUAGUAUCUUUGAGUAUGAUACUUGUCUGAUAUUCAUCUAGCUGGUAUGAACAUAGCUAGCAUGAAUAAACCAGUUAUUGUGAAUCCACACUU